AAAAGUCAAACGUGCAGGCAGUUCUGAAGACUGGCAUUUCAUCUCUCCUGCACUCCUGUCUCAUGAUGCUGCCAAGCAGCGCUGCGCUGUGUGAGAAAUCAAAGCGCAGGCGUCGAGUCGGGAGGUAGCCUAUCUUAUGCGCAGACUGGGUACUGUACAUGGCCAUUGAUGCUGCUGGAUAGAUGUAGCCCCUGAUGUAAAUAAGAAUGGAGAGGGCAGCGGGUCUAACAUGCCGCGUUAUCUCUGCUUGACAUCGGAACAUUGUAUGCCACCAUUGGGAUUUUAUAAAACGCGGGGCCCUUUUCUCGUUUUCAUCGGAAUCUGCCUUGACAGCUCGCCUGAUGAUUUUAAUUUGACACAAGAGCCAAAGCAGACGGGCGGCUUCUUCUAAUAAACACUCGGGAAAAACAGGUCAUUAUGACCUUAGUAUCCUCCAGUAAAAGAAAACCAUCGGAUUGCUUUUACGCGGCAGCAUUCUGCUUGCAUUUUUUGCUUUGGAUUUCGUGUGCAGUGUCCGGAGAGGAGGAUCAUCAGUUCAGCGUUGAGGGAUGGCUACAGAGGUAUGGCUACCUUCCCCGCACAGAACCGGGAAUGUCUGUCCUGCGCUCGGCCCAAACCAUGCACUCAGCCAUCGCUGCCAUGCAGCGUGUCUAUGGUCUCAAUGUCACAGGGACACUGGAUGAGAAAACCAAGGAUGAUAUCACACUGAGUUGGAUGCAAAAGCCUCGCUGUGGAGUUCCGGACAAAUUUAGAAGUGCUUCGAGGUCACGGAAGCGGAGAUACGCGCUGACAGGACAGAAGUGGCAGCGUACACACAUCACCUACAGCAUAAAAAAUGUCACACCAAAGGUGGGUGCCCGGGAGACUCACGAUGCCAUCCGGCGGGCGUUUGAUGUGUGGCAGGGUGUGACUCCCCUACGCUUUGAGGCCGUUCCAUACAGCGCACUGGAGACUGGCAGGCGUGAUGUGGACAUCACCAUCAUCUUCGCUUCGGGUUUUCAUGGUGACAGCUCACCCUUCGAUGGGGAGGGGGGAUUCCUCGCCCAUGCCUAUUUCCCGGGCCCAGGCAUAGGAGGGGACACACACUUUGAUUCAGAUGAGCCAUGGACCCUGGGGAACCCAAACCAUGAUGGUAAUGACCUGUUCUUGGUUGCGGUGCAUGAGCUGGGCCACGCCCUCGGUCUGGAACACUCUAACGACCCCACCGCUAUCAUGGCUCCUUUCUACCAGUACAUGGACACAGAGAACUUCAAACUACCUCACGAUGACCUGCAGGGCAUCCAGAAAAUCUAUGUUCCCGCUUCAGUAGGUGUCUCCAGGACAACAUUUUGCCAUGAUGACACACACACAGACUCACAAGGUCCACCAGAUAGAGCACCGCAGCCUACUAGGCCCCCACCCACGGUCCCUCCUCCUCGCUUCCACCCUCCUUCAGACCCCCGUAAGCAUGACCGCCAUGCCAGACCCCAUCGCCCUCCACAGGGGGCCAAGCCCUUCAACCCCAACUCCAUACCCAACAUCUGUGAUGGAGGCUUCAACACCCUGGCCAUCCUCCGGCAGGAGCUUUUUGUGUUCAAGGACCAGUGGUUUUGGAGAGUACGAGACAACUCAGUAGUCCCUGGCUACCCUAUGCAGAUUAACCACUUCUGGAAAGGCUUGCCUCCCAAAAUUGAUGCCGUGUAUGAAAAUAGCGAAGGGAAGUUUGUCUUUUUCAAAGGAAACCGUUUCUGGGUCUUCAAGGACACAACUCUCCAGCCUUCGUACCCUCAGGACAUCUCGCUGUUCGGGAGCAGCAUGCCCACUCAGAGUAUCGAGACAGCUGUCUGGUGGGAGGAUGUCGCAAAAACCUACUUCUUCAAAGGAGACAGGUACUGGAGGUACAAUGAGGACAUGAGAACCAUGGACCCAGGUUAUCCCAAACCCAUCAACAUCUGGAAGGGCAUCCCUGACUCUCCACAGGGGGCUUUUGUGGAUAAGGCUAACGGCUUUACCUAUUUUUACAAAGGAAAGGAGUACUGGAAGUUCAACAACCAACUGCUUCGUGUGGAGCCUAGCUACCCGAGAUCCAUCCUGAGGGAUUUCAUGGGCUGUGACGGUCUGCCUGCCGACCCUGACUGGGACUGGAACCCUCCAGUGGCGGAGGAACGCCACUACGACAAUGGUGACGUGGACGUUGUCAUCAAACUGGACAGCACGGGGGGCACAGAGAAAGCAGUGGCCAUCGCUAUCCCCUGUGUACUGGCGCUUUGCAUGAUGGUCCUGCUCUACACCGUUUUCCAGUUCAGGAGGAAGAGCACACAGCGCCACAUACUGUACUGCAAGCGCUCCAUGCAGGAGUGGGUCUGAAGGACUGUUAUCGCACUGUAUAGAAAGGGGUGUGAAGCUCUGAUAGAGGUAUAGUUAUUACUUGAAGCCCUAAGUACAGUAAUUGGAAGCACUGUAAAGGGUACAGUACAUAAGGAUUGCCAUGUUGGCAGAUUUUAAAACUGCUUGAACUCAACUAACAAGCUGCAAGGAAGCGAAACAAUCAGCAGAACGCAACUAAAUUAGUGAGGGAGCCACAUCUCCUGUGUCCAACUAAUAUGUAUGUAUCUGACUUUUUUCUGUAUCUUGGAAUGAACUCAAUUAAGUGAGACACAGUUAAGCUACUGUAAGUGGGACCUUUGUCUAUCCUCGUCUCUGCACGCCGCUUAAAAAGCCCCUAGCACUAACUUCAGUGGACAAAUUAGAUAUAGGCUUCUACUUUACUUUCAUUUCUUAAUUACAUUGCUCUGAGCUGUGCUUUUUUUCAUUUAGGGUCCCUGUAAAAGAUUAGUCAUUGUGUGGAGGACUGAUACACAAACCAAAUAUGACCUUUUCUCCCAAAGAGGAUUAUUGCUUGAUGUUGUUUUUCUUCCAUGGAUUGAACAUUGCGGCAUCAUACUCAGAUUUUCUUUUUUGCCAUUGGUAUUCACAUCCACCAGUCUGCUCUGUAAUCUGUGGGGAUAGGAAGCAGCUGUAAGUAGGAGCUAGGAACUCUAGACUGUUGUGGCAGUGUAUCUCCAAAACAGGGGCCAAAAACCUCUGCAAUAUUUAUGAGACUGCCUUAAUCACAGAUUGCUUAAACUCCCUUCUCCUUCUCUCUGUUUCUCUUGUGUGGAAGCUGAGAACUGAGUGACAGUAGGAAUACAGUGUAUAAUAAAGGAAUUCAUUACUUUCCAUAAUGCAACUUCAAAACCAGUAGUAGUUGUAACUUUUAUAAAAAAAAAAAAAAAAAAAAAACUUUUUGUCAUAUUUGCUCAAACUGUCACUAUCUCUGACAGCAGUACAUGAGACAGAUAAUCUGUGAAAAAAUCAUUUUCCUCUGCCUCCCUCUAGUCCAAUCAGAGCCGAGGAGUCUCUCACACACAAUCACUGUUUGGAAUCCCCGGCCUGUAGGCGGUGUGUGGAUUUCGGAUCGACGGUUUUCAACAUGGAGGUCGGGUCACAAACCUUCUCAUUCUACAGCUAAACAGUACGCUAAAGUUUCUGAAAACAUUUGAGAUGAAAAAUAGGCAAUGCUGUAACAGAAUCUUGUUUCCUAUUUGAUCAGCGCUGCCUAGUUUGAUAGUUUAAUGCAAGUUCCAGAGCAGUCAUUGACACUGUGUUAGAGACUCUUCGGCUCUGAUUGGGUGUUUUCCUUCAGGCGCAGUGGAAUCUUGCAAAUCUCAUUAGAAGCACCAGGAAGAGGGAGAGGAACAGGUUACCUGUCUCAUGUACUACUGUCAGUAGUGACAGCUGGGGGAAAUAUGACAAAAAGUUAUAUUUAAGAAAGUUACCUACUGAACCUUAAGGACAGUUGCUCUUGAAAAUGUGCUAAGCAGUGCUAAAUACCUGAUGGCAAGCAGGCUAUCAGCUUUCAUUUACUGCCUCACCGGAGCAUAUGAGAGAGAAAGGGAAGGUUAGUUGUGUGUGUGUGUGUGUGUGUGUGUGUGUGUGUGUGUGUGUGUGUGGAAGAGACAGUAACUACCCCCACUAUAUAUGUACUGUACUGUAGUGUCAGUUAUUGAAUAGCUAACAUCCUGCUUCCCUUUUUUUCAUGCCAGGUUUGGGCACUAAUAUUCUAAACCGCGUCAGUCCAUGCAUUUUAAACAGCUUUACUAAUCCAUAUUUGUUUGUUCUUCUCAACUUUUUUACAAGGUUUGUAAGUUUACAUGAUAUUUCACAUAGCAAAGGACACAGAAAGGGGAAAAUGAGACACAUACACUAUUUCUCAUUAAAAGGUCAUUAUCACUGCAUCUCUAGUUACCACGGGCAUAUUAGCCUUGUACCAGUGGCCAGUGCUUUUGUCCAGAUUGCUCCAUCUUCUUACCAAGGUAUUGCAAAUAGGUUUUGAGGACAUGCAAAGUGAAACAAUUGUUGUAAAGAAGAAAACACAAGUCUAAACAAUAACAGGAAUGAAUCCACAGAAAUAAAGAAACUUAUUGUUGUCUGAAUUCUGGAUGUCAUGAAAAAAGUUAAACCUGUGUGUUCAAUAAUGGAACCAGGUUCUUUUAUGCACUGUAAUUAUAAUUAUCCAUUAUUAAAAUAUAUAUAUACUUAUGUUUUAUUAACAAAUUACUAAUAAAUGUUUAUAGAACUACUCUAACAUUGGAUUUUACAGGCAUAUCGGAAUACUAAAACUAGCAAAACUAAGUCUGAUGACAAAUAUUUCAAAUAUAUAUCAUGAUCUAUGAUGUUGCGUAUAUAUGACAUCAUACAUAAACCAUAAUAUGUUUCAAAGAGUUUAAUCAGCUGACUAUGAGAAACAAAUAAGCAAUAUAAAGCAUAACAAAAGGCAGACUCUCUCUGGGGUCUAUGGAGCUAAUCUCAACUGGAGCUUUUCUGUCCCCAUGUAUUGUAUUGUAAAUGCAAUACACAGCCUGGAUCACAAUGAAAUAGAUUGCAUCAUAAUUGCCUUUGAUUGCUGCCAUACAUUUACAAUAUGGUUGUUUGGUGUAGCGUUUCUCAGAGUUUGCCAGAUGACCUGUCUGUGAGCAUUCAUGAUAUGAUUUUUUUAUAUACUGUAUAUAUAUAUAUAUCUGUGUGUGUGUGCUCCUUGGUUUUGUUACUUUUACUUGAAAUGGUCCUCAACAUCAGCUGUACAGGAUAUCUGACAUAAUCUUCCGUUGAUAUCAAGGCAAUGCCAUUUAUGCCAUAUAAGAGAUUUUGAAUGUCUACAUGAAUUAUCUAAAGAAUGGUAAAUGGGUUGGACCAUGAUUAGAUGUGGUUUUAUCAUGUCAUCAUUCAUACAGGAUAAAAACUUCAAACCUACAUAGAGUAAGGGCAAUGCAUGUCAUUGUUAAACCAAGAUGUCAUUCUUUGAUGGAUCAUUCAGACUCUUUCCCAUUAUGGUUAGAUGAAGUGACUGAGCAGCAUUGCAGGUUUCUGCUGGAUACAUAGACAGAUCCAAACUGUCAUCUUUUAUAAACCAUGUGAAACUACCAGCUUCCAGCCGGUCCUCCCUCUUCCAAUCUGUCAAACUAAUGAAAGAACAUGUAGACAUUUUAAAGGCAAGAGCAUCUUUGCUUUCCAUAAAGGAGUGCUGAAUUGCAGAGCAUAUUUGUCCAUGUUGAUUCCUGACAACUAUAAUUUAAGGUGGAAGCAAAAAUCUUUGGCUCAUUGUUGUGUUUGAUGUCUUAUCAGUUUGUGUGUUUGUGGUGAGGGUCUGAUGGCUCCAGCGAUAGUGAACUAAAGACGGCCAGUAUGGCGAGUCAGUUCUGUAUUUAUUGCCAUAUUUAUUCCUCUGCACUCAACACCUCAAAUCUUGCAUUGCAUUGUACUGAGGGGAAGAAGGUGUCGAUAAAGUUGGUUUGACAUGCAAGUUUUUUUUUAGUUAUACCACUACUAAGUUAUCCUCCUCCUUCUGUUGCUGCCUCAACAACAAACAAUUCAUCUGGUGCGAAUGCUUUUCCAUCUUUGAGAGGUAAAUCAAAACAUGAAAAGGUUACAUAUUUAAAAUGCUCUUUUUAACACUUAAAUCACUUGAGAUACCUGACAUUUCAGAUGUGGACUGAGUGUAAGCGGAAAGUGUCAACGCUCUGACCUGCCCCUGUUUAUCUCCAGACUCCUCGAGCUUUUUUCGUCUGCCUUGACACACACUUCUAAACAUUAGGGCUAAUUUGGAGUGUCAUUAAAGGAAGUAGAUGGGGACGAUUAGACAGCUGCCAAUACACCAGAAAGGCAAGGGUGAGGAAGAGACAGGAAGCAUUUUGCGAUCAUUGCAGUCAAGAUCUUAUACACAGAUACAUGCAGUAUAUACUCCAAGGCAUUGUGUGUGAGAAUUCAACAUAUUGCAUAAUAUGUACAUAAAGACAGAGUGUAUAUUGUCUGCUUGGGAGAAUUUUGUUUUUAAUGGGCCAUUCAUUUCAUGGAUAAAGAAAAUGCUGUGUGUUGUAAAUAAAGUUGUAAAUAAAGUGCAUAAUGA